AUGCAGUCUGAAUUGUUGCCGGAAAAUACAAGCGGUCUCAUCGGUUUUAACAUCGAAGGUGUAAAGACAUCGUUCGGGGUUAUUUCAUCGACCAAGAUGUGGAGGGGCGAUGAUUAUGUUCGAUCCCCAGAUGAAGUUUCAAAAGUACCAGAUUACGGUGAAGGGUCUAACCUUGUAACUGUCAAAUUGUUUCAUAGUGGGGGGUUUGUGACCAACAGGAAAGGUGAACUGACAUAUUUAAAGGUAGAGGUUGAUUACUUUGAUGAAGUGACAACUGACCAGCUUUGUUUGGAAUAG